AUGCCUCCUAAAGCUGCUAAAUCUAGUUUUUUAACAGCAGACGCAUUAAGAGAACUUUGGGCUGAUGAAUUUCUACCAAGUAUUCAAAAGGAAUUUAAAGCUGAGAUUGACAAAAUAAAGGAUGAAAUUUCCGCUCUAACAGCGAAGUGUAUUGAAAUCGAAGCCUCGCAAACCUUUCUGUCGAAAGAGUACGACAACUUUACUAAUUCUCUUCAAAUAACAAAGCGUGAUGUCAUGGAAGUAUCAAGUUGUCUGAAAGUUUUGGAAGAUAAAAUAAAGUCUAUAGAUGAUUUGGUUGAUGAGCAAGAUGACAUACAGCAGUAUAUUCGUCGCGAUUGUCAGACGAUAAGCCGAAGGCAAUUGUAA